UUUAAAAAACAAAACAUUUCAAGGCUGAAAGAAACAAUAGCGAAUUCGCGUAAUUUACCUACCGAUAAGGCAAUACCUGUGAUUCAUGUAUUUAUAUUUGAUUUUUAAUUAAGAAAAAUGGGUAACUUGUUUGGCAAGUCAGCUAGUAAGACCAAAGCCCCGAGUAGAGUGACCGAACAGGACAAAGCGAUUCUGCAAUUGAAACAACAAAGAGACAAACUCAAACAGUAUCAAAAACGAAUCGAGCUACAGCUGGAGAAGGAUCGUGUGUUAGCCAAAAAAUGUUUGGCCACAGGACGCAAAGAACGUGCGAGAACAUUGUUGCGCAAGAAGAAGUACCAGGAAAAACUGCUUUCGAAUGCGGAUGCUCAACUAGAAACAAUCGAAAAACUAGCGUCCGACAUCGAAUUUGCUAUGGUAGAAGCUCAGGUCGUCAGCGGACUCAAAGUCGGCAACGAAGCUUUAAAGAAAGUUAACGACAUGCUAUCGAUCGAAGAAGUCGAGCAGAUCCUAGAUGAAACACGCGAAAGCAUUGAGAAACAACAAGAAAUUGAUGCACUUCUUAAUGGAGUACUGACCGAAGAGGACGAAGAUGAAGUGCUGGCCGAACUGGACCGGCUUGUGACGGAGGAGUCUGAAGGCAGCAGGGCUGAAGUUGAGCAAGAAGAUAUUGAGGAGCGUCUUCCUGAUGUACCCGAGGACGAACCCGUGCACGACAGAAAACGCAAAGAGAAAAAUGCUAAACGUGCUGGUAAGAAAGUUGCUCUGGAAGCAUGAAACAAUCUCAAGAACAACGACAAGACUCGUUUGACGGGAGUUUUUUUUUGUUUCUGACCUAUGAGAGUAAAUUAUUUUAACGCUUUUAGCAUUGUGGUAUAUCUUCAAUAAAGAUAAUU